AUGACCAAUCCUAGACAUACUCUUAACGUUUUAGCGCUUCUGCUAUUACCAGCUCUCUGUUUAGUAGGAUUGAUCGGUAAUGCCCUAGUAUGCAUUGCAAUUAGCACAGAUCGCCGUCUGCAUAAUGUCACCAACUAUUUCCUCUUUUCGCUGGCAUUAGCAGAUCUCUUAGUCUGCUGUAUCGUGAUGCCAUUGAGCAUAGUAGUGGAGGUUCGACAUGGAGUUUGGACAUGGAAUGUCUCAUUAUGUCUCCUUUAUGUUUACGCUGACGUCUUUCUAUGCAGUGCUAGUAUUGUCCAUAUGUCCGUUAUUUCUUUGGACCGUUACCUAGGCAUCUCUCAGCCACUACGGACACGCAACAAAUCUAAAACUAUGAUUCUCACAAAAAUUGCUUUAGUUUGGUUCAUCACAUUACUAGUGUCAUCACCUAUAGCAGUACUAGCUGUUAUUGAUAACACUAAUAUUUUACGAGAGAAUACUUGCACAAUAUUCAGUCAAUACUACAUUAUUUACGGGUCUACUUUAACAUUCCUUAUCCCUUUUGGAAUCAUGGCUGUCACCUACGUACGAACAACAAAUCUACUGAACAAGCAAGCUUCCAUUUUGAGUCAACGUGCGAACGACAAGCUAAACGGCAACGGCCUUCGACGAACGAUUCCCCAUAGAAAACUUGGUUAUGUUCGAACAAACUCAACAUCAACAAAUGGCUUCACAAGUCACGGAACUCACAAAUCAAGCAGUAACAGUAAUGGCCCUAAGACAAGUAUCGCUAGUUUCUCCAAUAGCUAUCAGCAUAGCCUUACUGAUGCGGAUAUGACCAAACUAAUUACUUUGAAGAAGAGCAAAUCGCAAUUAUACAACGGACAUGCUGUUUUGACAAAAACAUCUACGAUAAACCGAUGGAAGUCAAGAACGUCAAAUUACUUAUCAAGCAUCGCAAGCCGAGUUAGCCGCCGAAGCUCUCUUCAGGCGGCUAGCCAAGAACUUGCGAACGAGCAUAAAGCUACGCGCGUGCUUGCAGUGGUAUUCAUCUGUUUCUUUAUUUGCUGGACGCCUUUCUUCAUUGCCAAUUUCAUUAUGGGAUUCUGUGGAGCUACUUGUGCUCCACCAUCUUGGCUAGGCUCACUAUUUUUAUGGCUCGGAUAUAUUUCUAGUACAAUUAACCCUAUAAUCUACACUGUAUUCAAUAAGCGAUUCCGACAAGCUUUUGUUCGGAUCCUUCGUUGCCAAUGCUUCCACCCAUUACGAGAUCAAAGCGCUUUGUAUUCGCGUAAUUUCACCACUGUUAUUCCAGACACCUACACAUGGUCCAACCACGAGAGAAUGAUCUCUGUCAAUGGAAAAGAAGAAACUAAUGCUACGGAAAAUUUGAAAAACGGAUGCGACUCAUCGUGGCAGAGACAAAACAGCAACGACAGUGAAGCGAGCAGAGAUAAAAAGGAUUCUAGUCAGCAACCUAGUCUUGAUGGAAGCGCAUUGCGAGAUUCACGCGCUACAACUGAGGAAACAAGUGAUGAAGACAUAAUAAGCGAACAGAAGCCCCUUAUUCCACCACGAGUUUACACAUCUGUUGUGAUACGUAAAUCAUUUACCACCCUCAUUUCUUCCAGCUCAAUAAGCAAUUCCGAUUUUCCCAAAUCAGCCUCUUGCAUAGAUUGUCAACGAUGUAGAUGUAUGAUUGACAGUACAGAUACAGAAACCACCAUGUCAUCAUCUAUUAACAGCUGCCCCCAACAUUUAACUCUUUUUUCAUCCGCUUUUGGAAAGCAAAUCAAAGAAACGUUUUUGUAA